AUGACCGUCAAAGGCGAAGUGCGACUUGACUCGCUAGCCACCGAGGAGGACGGACAGGGAUCCUCCAGUGCAGAGACCCCCAAUGCAUUGGCAGGGGCUGAGACCAGCAAGGCCAACGCAGGCGUUGAGGUUGACGACGCAAUUACUGCGUUUCGAGCAGCUCAACGACUUGCAAGUGCCCCCUUCGCAAACUUGGGUAUCGCUGCAGGCCGGGCCGCUGCCGCACCCAGUGCCGCCGCCAUUGCCGUCGUCAGUAGAGUCACCAACGCCAUCGACAACAUCAUCGACAGUAUCAUCGACAACAUCAUCGACAGUAUCAUCGACAGUAUCGACAGUGUCAUCAACAACAUCGACAGUAUCAUCGACAGUAUCAUCGACAGUAUCAUCGACAGUAUCGACAGUGUCGUCGAUAGUAUCAUCGACAGUAUCGACAGUAUCAUCAACAGUAUCGACAGUAUCAUCGAUAGUAUCAUCGACAGUAUCGACAGUAUCAUCAACGGUAUCGACAGUAUCAUCGAUAGUAUCAUCGACAGUAUCGACAGUAUCAUCAACAGUAUCGACAGUAUCAUCGAUAGUAUCAUCGACAGUGUCAUCAAUAACAUCGACAGUAUCAUCGACAACAUCAUCGACAGUAUCAUCGACAGUAUCGACAGUGUCAUCAACAGUAUCGACAGUAUCAUCGACAACAUCAUCGACAGUAUCAUCGACAGUAUCAUCGACAGUAUCAUCGACAGUAUCAUCGACAGUAUCAUCGACAGUAUCAUCGACAGUAUCGACAGUGUCAUCGACUACAUCCGUCACAAUGGGUUGACAGCCGCUGAGUAG